UCAACUACAACUAGACAUCCAUUAAAAUGGGAGAAAAAUAAUGUUUUAAUUCCAAUGCCAUGCCAUAAAUGUUACCAUCUUACAUCUGGCCGUUACUCCAAAUCCUCCUAGCCUUUAUUUAUAUUUCCGUUUAGAACACUCUCAUACUCAUGUGAAUUCAAAGUGAGCUCAUCAAAUAAUAAGUGGAUAAUGGGGAUCAUUUCUUUGAUUACAGGAUGGCCAGGCCCUAGCGGCUUCGGAUCAGCCACCACCGCCGAACAAGUGACCGAAGGAAUCGAUGCAUCCCAUCUCACUGUAGUCAUUACAGGAGGUGCUAGUGGAAUUGGAUUAGAGACAGCAAGAGUACUGGCACUCAGAGGAGCACAUGUUAUAAUAGCAGCAAGAAACAUGGAGGCUGCAAAUGAAGCAAAACAAAACAUCAUUAAAAACAAUCAAAAUGCUAAGCUUGACAUUCUUCAGCUUGAUCUCUCAAGUCUCAUGUCAGUCAAAGCUUUUGCAGAUAACUUUUUAGCUCUUAACAUUCCCCUCAACAUCUUGAUAAACAAUGCUGGUAUUAUGUUUUGCCCCUACCAACUUUCACAAGAUGGAAUCGAGAUGCAGUUCGCGACAAAUCAUUUAGGCCACUUUUACUUGACAAAUCUACUCCUUGACAAGAUGAAAUCUACUGCUUUAGCUACCGGUAUCGAGGGUAGAAUCGUCAAUUUGUCUUCUGUAGCCCAUCUCCGCACUUAUAAAGAAGGGAUCAAAUUUGACACCCUUAAUGAUAAAAACAGUUAUUCGGACAAAUUGGCAUACGGGCAGUCGAAAUUAGCAAAUUUAUUGCACGCAAAUGAGCUUUCCCGGCUCUUAAAGGAAGAGGGUGCAAAUGUUACAGUGAACUCUAUACACCCAGGGCUAAUAAUGACAAAUCUUAUGAGACAUUCUAUAAAACUCAUGAGAAUUAUGAACUUGCUCACUUAUGUUCUAUGGAAAAAUGUCCCACAGGGGGCAGCAACAACAUGCUAUGUAGCAGUGCAUCCAGAUAUGAAAGGGGUGAGUGGCAAGUAUUAUUUGGAUUGCAAUGAAUGGCCUGCAAGUGAUUUUGCAAGAGAUCCUAAGUUGGCUAAGAAGCUUUGGGACUAUAGUAACCACCUGCUUGAUUCUGUUCUUCAACACACCUACUAAUAUACAAUGUUUAUGCAUAAAUUACAUUCUGUUAUUUCAUAACUUGUAUCUUGUAUCCACAUGGCAACUAUUUGAAAUUCAAUUAGAAUUUUGAACAUUAUCUCAA